GUUUUCCCUUCCACCGCGAAGUCCGUCUCUCUCCCCUUCUGUCCGAAGUCAAAUCUGUCUCCAAUUUCAUUUUCUGUUCUGAAGGAGGGACCUAUGUCCCGUCUUCCAUGUCUGACAAAACCCUAGAUUCUUGAAUCACACGCUCUGCAAGUCUACCCUCCAUAACGAUGUCGAUUGCUUUCCAAUACCUUUCACUGAGCUCGCCUUCUCCUUCCCCUCCCCCUUCUACCUUUUACUUCUCCAGCUUCUUUUCCAGGAAUCCGUGCUCGUCUCUUCGAUUUGCCCCUAGACAUUUCCCCAACGCCCUGCUGCAUUUUCAAUUUCUCGAUCACAAACUUCGAAGCCCUUUUAAUUUCUAUUCGAUUAAUACCCAUCAGUUCUGUCCUCGAGUUUCUACUUCUGGAGGAGUUGGACGUAGAGACAGUAGUGAUGGUGAUUUUAAUCUCGAUUCCUUUCUUUCAGCUGCCGAGUUGUUUUGCCUCGUUUCGUCUUUGCUCGCUUCUGUUGGGGUCGCUCUGAAUAGCGUGAAAGCCAGGUCUAAGAGUCUGUUCUUGGCGGUGUUUGGUGAUGGGAUUUUCGUUGGCGCAUUCUUAUUUUUGGUGGCUGGGGUUGCAAUUGGUGCUUGGAUUCGCAGACGGCAGUGGAAUCGGAUUUAUCGAGGGACAGCGAAGGCCGCAUUGGAGAUAGAUUUGGUGGAAAGAACUAACAAGCUGGAGGAGGAUUUGAAGAGCUCGGCAACGCUAAUUCGAGUCUUGUCGAGGCAGCUGGAGAAGCUAGGGAUUAGGUUUAGAGUUACUCGAAAGGCUCUGAAGAAGCCCAUCGAGGAGACUGCAGUGUUAGCUCAAAAAACUUCUGAGGCUACUCGAGCAUUGGCAGUUCGAGGAGAUAUUCUGGAGAAGGAGCUUGCUGAAAUCCAGAAGGUCUUACUGGCUAUGCAGGAACAGCAACAAAAGCAACUUGAGUUGAUUCUAGCUAUAGGGAAGUCGGGAAAGCUAUGGGAAAGCAGACAGGAGCUUGCCGAAGGACAGAGUCCUAUUGGGAGGCAUGAUUUGGUCGAUGAACGCUUAAAUAAGAAGGAAGUCCAUGACAUUUGAGCUAUUGAAGAAAAGAAUGGAGAUGGCUUUAGGAUUCUUUCGAUACAAAUUAGGAUGUUAGUUGUUGCACAAUGACAGAAUAGGAUGGUGGUGGGAUGUAAUUCUUGUGGGCAGUUUUAGACUCUGGCAUCACUCCAUACUUUUUGCCAGAAAAAAUUUUGGGUUUCCAUAAUGUUCAAUUUAAUGGGUUGCAUUCAGAGAGCAAGUGUGAAGCGGCAGGAGAAGUGUAAUCAAAGAAAUGUUUGUUGUGGUCAUUGUGUUAAUGGGAGAAACAUUCUGCUUAACCAUUGUAAUUUUGAUUUCUCAUUGAAUUCUGGUGGUUCGCAUCGACUUCCAUCGUCUAUAGCAGUUUGCAUCUUAAAUUCCCAUCCCUCCCCCCGGGCAUGUAAGCAUUUAUUCUUCCUGGAAAACUGACGGUCUUUCAACUUCA